GACCAUGCCAUCCUGCAAUAGAAGCAAACAAUGCUGCAGCUUUAAAAAACAAUCUAUACGUAACCGCAUAGCGCGUAGCUUUAUUUUAUCAACAUAGUCUGCUCAGGAGCGUCGCAAUGCGGGAUCGUUGGUAUGGCGCCUCGGAAGACAAGGACGCAAGAAGGCACAUAAAUGACACAUACACGGCGCUCAGGAGGCAUCGAUAAUGCUGGCAACCGGCCUAUUCAAAACUACUGCGCAGCAGCACACCGCGUACGUAUACCGUUCUCAAGUACGGAGUGCAUCGGGCGGAAAAGUGGAAAACGGCGGAAAAGGUUGGUUCACUAAAUGUGGAAACCCGGUAAGCUGCUCGGAAAGCAACCUACCCCGAGUUGAAGACAAAGAAAAAGACGGGUGGCGUUCGGAUGCGGUUUAGACCUAACGCGAUGCGAACAGCUCUCGGUCCGAUGACAACUAAGACGCUAUACGGCACUGCGCCACGUCUGCGGCAAGUCUGACGUCAGGAACGAUGGGCUUGUAUUAUUGCUGGCUCUUGGUGCUCACUGCAGCAGCAACUGAUGCACGUGCUAUGUCAUUGAAAGCCUGCACAAAAAUGUACCCAAAAGUAAAAAAAAAAUUGCCCUGUUGGCGUCUUCAUGUUGAUCGCAUGCCAUGUCAAUGCGCUGGCCGUGACCCCACUUUCCGCAAUGGUCAACGAACAAGUGGACUGCGUGCUCCAGAGUGGCGACCUGUGCAAGUUCGAGAAUGAGGACAGCAGCUGCGACGACCUUGCGGGGUCCAUCAAUAUGUGGAGUGGCGCUGCGUCUUCCUGUCGUUCCCAGUUCUACGAAGGCUACAUCACCAAUCUGGACCAGGGUAUUCGGCGAACGGGCGACUGCGCCUCCGAUCCACACGACCCUAACGUGGUCACGUGCGAACUGAGCUUCGUCGACGUCGAGCUGCACUACCGCUGGCUCCUGCUGAGGGCAAAUCCCAAGGUGGAGGGGGACGAGUAUUCGGCGCAGUCAGACGCACACAUCGAAGCGGGAAACUUGAAAGUCACGCUGACCGAAGGAUCGGGACUGCUGUUGCUGGAGGAGGAUGUCGCGUACGGCGACUUCCAGGCUACAUCAUUCGAGGCGGACACAAUCGAGAUCCGCGAGUUGGUAUUCGACAACCCUACCGUCACUUGUAACGGGGAGGUGAUCGACACGAACGAGGAAGCGUUUCAGGUCCAGCUUCGAAAAGCGCUGCUUCUAAGGAUGGAUGAAUACAUCAGCGGUGGGCGGUUCGUCGACGCCUUCAACGAAGCACUUGAGGAGGAAUAUAAGUAAGCGCUGGAAAUUGUUGGCCGAUUUAAAGGGGGCGUUGUAUUCUUGUACCUUGUACCUUCUGCGUUUUUUAUUUCCUUGCUUGCAACGCCCACCAACUGGGAUGAAUAAAUGAAGUGGAUCGUGCUGUGUC